CUUUUUUGGCUUGUGACCCCUAAACACAUGAGCUGUGAUCAGGUCAAACAAAGAGUGAAUCUAUAUGUUCUUUUAUUCUAUUCUGUUAUUCUUCGGUCUAUUCUUGCAUUGAAUUGGCGAACAGGCUCAGCAGCCCUAUUAUGUCAGACAAAACAGGCAUGAACUUCCCUCACUCCCACCCCCACAAGCCACGUUUCUUCCUCGUGUUCCCACACACACACACACACACACACACACACACACAGCUCUGUGCAGUGAAAUAUGAUCGGCGCUCGUACCCCUCAGCAGUGAGCCAUAAUCCUGGCGCGCCGAACUUUUUUCGGGUCACGGAUGCUCCGCGCAGACAAAGGGAGGAGGUUUCCGUGCUGUGGGUGGUAAUUAUCAUCCAGACAAGAGAACGGAAAAGUUGCAGCUUCAAACACACACUGCCACAUCACACACCGCCGUUGUCAAGCAGCUUACUGCACUCUAACAUGCGUUCAGGACUUUUGGUGCUGUUUCUCUCCUUGACGAAAAGCUUUUGGUGCGCCCCGCAGCAGACUUGUCACCCAGGGGACGAAUUUUUAGGAAGAUGCAGCAACAACGUGUUUGAAGAAAAACCUACCUGUACAGAGCUGAACCUGGGCUACUGUAAUGAUAUGGAAUACUCUAGAACCAUGUUCCCCAACAUCCUUGGCCACCGGAGUCGCUUGGAGGCAGAGUCAGGGGCAGAGUACCUCCUCCUGAGCGUCAUCCAUGGCCUGCUCAACGGGGAGUGCUCCCCUGAGAUACGUCUCGUAGGCUGCUCGGUACUAGCCUCCCCCUGCCAGGAUGACAAGAUGAUCAAACCCUGCCGCAGCACAUGCGAGGCACUGAGGAAGGACUGCGCCCAUGCCUUUGAAGCCAUCGAAAUGGCCUGGCCCUACUUCCUAGAUUGUGACCGCUUCUUUGCCAGCGACGAGGAGGGCUGCUUUGACCCGCUGGUAGGGCUGAAAGCCAGACAGGAGCUAGAAAUGUCCAACCUCUCUCCUGAAGAACCCAGCACCAUCAUCCAGUUCACCUACACCUCCAACUCCCAGAUGUACAGCUUACUGAAGAGAACAACAGCCAAGUGCUCCCAUAUCUCGAAUGUCUACAGCAUUGGACGCAGCACGGAAGGCAGGGAUUUACUGGUCAUUGAGUUCACCAACAACCCAGGACAGCACGAGCUAUUGGAGCCAGAGAUCAAGCUGGUAGGCAACAUGCAUGGCAACGAGGUGCUGGGCCGCCAGCUGCUCCUCUACCUGGCCCAGUACUUGUGUUCAGAGUACACUCUGGGGAACCAACGAAUUCAGACCAUCAUCAACACCACCCGCAUCCAUAUUCUGGCCUCCAUGAAUCCAGAUGGCUAUGAGCUGGCCGCCUCAGAGGUAGAGGAUAGUAAUGACCCGGAGCUCAGCAACCAGGAAGGUCACUUGCUGAAUGGUUGGACCAAUGGACGGACCAACGCCCAGAAUAUUGAUCUCAACCGCAAUUUUCCGGACCUCACCUCCAUUUUCUACCGGAACCGCCGCAGCAGGCACUACCGCAUUGACCACAUCCCAAUCCCUGACGCCUACUGGUUUGGCAAGGUGGCACCAGAGACCUAUGCAGUGAUGAAGUGGAUCAGGUCACUGCCCUUCGUUCAGUCUGCCAGCCUCCACGGAGGGGAGCUGGUGGUCUCCUAUCCCUUCGACUUCUCUAGACACCCGCAUGAGGAGAGGAUGUUCUCACCCACUCCAGAUGAGCAGAUGCUCAAGCAGCUGGCUCGUACCUACGCAGACGCCCAUGAGACCAUGUCAAACAAUGACACAGAUAGGUGUGGAGCCUCCUUUUACCGAACAAGGGGCAUCAUCAACGGGGCAUUGUGGUACAGUUUUGCUGGUGGUAUGUCAGACUUCAACUACUUGCAUACUAAUUGUCUGGAGAUCACCGUGGAGCUCGGCUGUGACAAAUACCCCUCAGAGUCCGAGCUUUACCCAGAAUGGAAGAGGAAUAAGGAAGCUCUGCUCAGUUUUCUGGAAUCUGUCCAUCGAGGGAUAAAGGGAGUAGUUAAGGAUGUUGAUGGAAAUGGGAUAAAAGGUGCAACUAUCUCUGUCAGAGGGAUUAGGAAAGAUGUCACCACAGCUGAAGAUGGAGACUACUGGCGGCUGCUGAACCCCGGAACUCACAUCCUGACAGCCACAGCCAAGGGUUACUCCAGGGUCAGUAAGAGGGUUCACCUGCCCCACAACAUGAACAAGGCCGGACGUGUCGACUUUGUCUUGGAGAAGGUUCCCGUGGAGCCCGAUAUCAACGACCACCUCUUCCCCACAGUAGACACAUGGGAUCGAUUCGACCCCUACAACCAGUUUGAGCGCUACAGCGAGCCAGGCGUAGGUGAGGGAGGGAUAGAGCGGCAGGAGAAACCCUGGUGGUGGAACUACUUCUCCCAGUCUGGCAUCACACCUCCACACUGGCUGCUGCGAAAUGUCUAGACGCAUUACAGGACAAUAGAGAUCCCGGCAUACCACUGGGAGACUGGUGAUGGACGGUCCCAUAUCCAGUCCCACUGGUGCUCUCAGAGGCGUCUAUGUAGCAGGAGCUGUGACACUGAAAUCAGCAGUACUAAAUAGGUUUCAGUGCUUCCUGGAAGGAUGUGAAUAGGCUUUUUUUCCCUACCAGGCACAAAUUUAAUUCUGGCCUGUAAGCGGAGUUUUGGCCAAUAUUGCUUUGCAGCUGCAUUUAACAAAAAAAAAAAAAUAUGAACCACUGGGAAGUAAAUGAGUUAUGGAUGCCUCAAUUGUCCACUUUUUAAAGAUGUUCACAGUCAAAAAAUAAUGGUACUGUAUUAUUUGAAUAUUGUGAUUACAGAUUACAAUUUCACAUGUGACAGCAGCUACAUAAAAUGUCUAAAUGUACAUUUUUCAAAAUUGAGUUGGGACCAAAUUUUAUGCAGAUUUGAUUGUUUUUGUUAUUAUUACAUUCCACAGGUUAUUUUCCUGUAUGUUUUCGCCACAUUUUAUGCAAUAUACAAGGCAUAAGUGCUACAGUCAACAUUUUCUGGACCUGUAACAGCAUCUCAUAUUGAGUACCACAUUUAAGCUUGGACUAGCAGCAAUACUGUGCCAAUUGUGAACAGUAGAAAUUCUCGCUUUAUUUGUUUUUCACAAGCAUGAAAAAUAAAUAUGAAGUAUUUGUGGCA